AAUAGAGACAAAGAGAGGAAGAGAGAGAAACCGCUCGCUGGAAUCUUCGAAUCUCUCUCUUCCGAACGCCAGCAGGCGAAACACUGACUGAAGGGGAGAGCGUCACAGAGAGAGAAAGACGAAGAGAGGAAGCGUCAGAGAAGAACAGUUCCAAUACUUCUCUCUCCAGAGUCCAGAUUAGAAAUCCCGCAUCAUUCCAUAGUUAGUAGCCCUCCCCGUGCUGCUCUCACCCAUUUAUCCUCGGAUUCUUCUCGUUCUUGGGGAUUCCUUUCUCGCCCUCCGCUCUCGGGCCGCCCUAGAGUUCUGUGAGGUAUAGCCUUUAGAUCCACCAUCGCCGUUGAUUCCUGGAUCCGGCGUUUCAGGAAUUCUUUUUUUGAUCUUAUUAGAUCGGUUUGGAACUCGUUUCUUCGUGCUUUGGAUCCGGGAAAUCGGAAUCUAGAAUGCAGUUUCUUGAUUUCGAAGCGUUUUUGAACGGUUUUGGGAAAUAGUCUUGAGUUACGAGAUUCGGUGCGGUUUUAGUGGAUCUUUGACAGGUUACUGGGAUUUACCGAGGGUUUCGUUUUUGGGUGAGGAUUUAUUCGUGGAUUCGAAUGACGGUUGAGUCAAUGCAGGCCGCGGGCCUCUCCUUUGAAUCGAUUUUGCGAUUCCUUUGAACUGGAUCUUGGAUGUUCUGAUGAGAGCCUCGUUUGGAUCUUUGCUGCACCCUAGAACUCCUAGUGAUACUGAUAUUGUCAGUUGCAGUUCUCAUCUUUUCAAGUCUGAGAUCUCACAAAUGUCAGUCUGCGACGCAGAAGGAUUCGAAGGACCGGUUAGUUGUGAUGAGAGAAAGGAGAGGAGAUCGGAUGUGGAGAUCUCGGAAGACGAAAGAAGGAGAACAAAGAUCGGGUCUCUGAAGAAGAAGGCGUUGAAUGCUUCCACUAAGUUUACUCAUUCUCUUAAGAAACGAGGAAAACGGAAAGUCCAUUUCAGGGUGCCUUCAGUUGCGAUCGAGGACAUAAGGGAUGCUGAAGAAGAGCGCACAGUCUAUGCUUUCCGGCAAGAACUUAUUGCCAAGGAUUUAUUGCCUGAUAGACAUGAUGACUAUCACACACUGCUCAGAUUUCUUAAGGCUAGGAAAUUUGACUUUGAGAAAACGACCCAGAUGUGGGCUGAGAUGCUUAGAUGGAGAAAAGAGUUUGGAUCAGACAAGAUUUUGGAGGAUUUUGACUUUGAAGAACUGGAGGAAGUCCUGUGCUAUUAUCCCCAAGGAUACCAUGGAGUGGACAGGCGGGGAAGGCCUGUAUAUAUUGAGAGGCUUGGGAAAGUCGAGCCGAACAAGCUUGCUUACGUUACCACAGUUGAGCGCUACGUAAAAUAUCACGUACAGGAAUUUGAGAAGGCACUGCAUGAGAAAUUUCCUGCUUGUUCAAUUGCUGCCAAAAGACACAUUGAUUCAACAACUACGAUACUGGAUGUGCAUGGUGUGGGAUUGAAAAAUUUCAGCAAGACAGCAAGAGACCUCUUGCACAAUAUGCAGAAAAUAGAUGGUGAUUACUAUCCUGAGACACUACAUCAAAUGUUCAUUGUUAAUGCUGGUCAUGGUUUCAAGCUGCUUUGGAACACUGUAAAGGGAUUUCUUGACCCCAAAACUACAGCAAAGAUACAUGUACUGGGAACCAAAUACCAGAGCAGGCUUCUUGAAGCUAUUGAUGCAAGCCAACUGCCAGACUUUGUGGGUGGCUCAUGCACAUGCUGUGAUGAAGGUGGAUGUCUUAGAUCUAAUAAAGGACCAUGGAAUGACCCUGUCAUUAUGAAGCUUGUACAUUGUAUUGAAGCAUCAUUUGUGAGGGAAAUUAGGCGAGUAUCUGAUGGAGAACAAAGAAAUGCUUCCCGUCCUAGGGAUAGGGACAGGCUACGUCCACUAAAGGGAAGAUGUAGUGACACAUCAACAGCUGAAUCAGGAUCAGAUGUUGACGAUCUUGGUUCUCCUGUUAUAUCCAGAAGUGCUGAAUACACUCGUUUGGCUCCAGUUCAAGAAGAAUUCAGGGCGACAGAUUCUGCAUCUUACUACAGUUGUAUUGGUGACUUCAUGAUGGCUGAUAAAGCUGUAGACUGCAGAAGGGGAGCAAGAUCUGCUUGUAAUGCAUCUAAAGAACACAAGGAUCAUGGGCACGCCUUUGCCAAUGGAACAUCGCAUUCACUGGGUAACUUGGUCUCUGAUAUGUGCAAACUCACCAAGGAAGAUUCAGAGGAAGGAAAUAUAAGACAUAUUGCAAGAGUACUAGUUGCAUUUUUGGUUAAACUGCUACCCUUCUUUCGUAUCUUUGGUUGUAGACCAGAAAGGAGGUUGGAGAACAUUUAUCCAUCAGAUACAUUGGUCCUUACACCAGAUAACCAUCCAAGUGUGGAACCUGUCAAGGAAGACCAUGUCAGUCCUUGUUUAGAACGCCUUCAGAGGCUCGAAUUGAUGUUCAAUGAACUCAGUAGCAAGCCUGCAGAGAUUCCACAGGAAAAAGAGCGUGCACUCCUUGAUUCUUGGGACAGGAUAAAGUCCAUUGAGUUUGACCUUGAGAAGACGAAGAAGGUAUUGCAGGCCACAGUGGUGAAGCAAAUGGAGAUUGCAGAAAUGUUAGAAGCUGUACAGGAGUCCAAUCUCAGGAGAAGGAAGUUUUGUUAAGACCUAAAGAGAAAGUAGCUAUACAUGGAUGAGAAGCGUAGCGUUGGCAUCAGAUAGCAUUGAAAGAAUUUGCCAUACAGUUUUCUCUCUCUCUCUUCUUUUUUUUUUGUUCUUUUUGGUCCAUGAUGAUCAUUGUCACGUUUGCGAACUGUUGUGAGCAUGUUACCUGCAGCAUCAUGGAAAAGCCGAGAUGGUGGAUGAGGAAAAAUAGGAAAAAGGAAAAACAAAGAGGAAAGUUCACGGUUAAUGUAUAUGUGUUUCUUUGUCCACCAAAAUCCUUCAUCCACCAGUUUUGAUGUGUCGUCGUGAUGAGGGAAAAAAAAAAGAAUUGAUCUUAUAGGAUUUCCAUGAAGUUCUUUGAUUUCUUUGGGAGGCAGAUGAUUAUAUGAUCAUCUAGUUCUCAUGUUCCCUGACAUUGAGGAAGAUGUAUAUUUAAUUUAGCUUCAGGGAGGAUUGUGCCACCAUCCUGACAUGUGUUCCUUGAGCGGGCUCAUCCUAUCUUAUCAUUCUUAAAGGUUUAUGAGGCUUUAAGAUGUUGCAUAUUACAUGACGCUGAAGCAUCUGGAGCCUGGAGCAGGCAUCUUGUGCUCAUCAAUAGCAAAAGACAACUCCAUUGGGAUUGUAACUUUGCUAAACCAUGUUGUAAAUUUGCUAAACCAUGUCUGAGUUAAAAAAAGGGAAAAGGUUGGCGAAUAAACCAAGACAACUUGUGAUCUAUAUAUUUUGUAGAAUGGACAAGUAGUUCCUUUUUUUUU